AUGAUACUGAUUGCGUUGAGGAGCUUUUUCCUGGUGAUUGUCAUCCUGGGGUACAGUGCCGGGAUCUGGCGGCUUAUCGAUGACUAUUUUCGAAAUGAGUUUAAAACCUUUCUCGCGGAGGAGGUGAAAAAGAAUCAAUAUUUGCUGGUGGAUCCGGCGGUUAAGGUUAAAGAAGGGGCGGAAGCCAACGACCGAACUGUGAUGUCGGAGGUCAAACAAUCGCCCGGUUCGGUGGUGACCAGCAACCGACUGCUGGACGAACUGAUAGUCAGCUUUGGGCGAAUGUUUACCUCACGGAUCGGACCGUUGGGGUCGUCGAGUCGAGGAACCCAUCCGGCCGGCACUAGGUCAACCGAUGAGUCGAAGGCUAAGCGUGGUGUAAAAAUCGAUGAAACAGUGACCAACGACGGGGACGAGGGUGAUAAUGAGAUUUUACAAACUUCCUCGUCGCCCUCUGGCGACGAUGUUGGUGAUGGUGAAGCCAAGGACGAAUGGAUUAACUAUUGGAAGAGGAAACGGGGGAUGAGUGCCGGUGGUGAUGUCGAUAGUGGCCAUUGUGAAGUCAGUCCGUCAAUGGAUGCCGGUUGUGAACGGUCGUAGUUGAAUGGACCCUCCACCCCUCGUUAGCGAGGGGUGCGCUGCUGCAAAGUGUGCGAUAAAGUUAUAAACAGUGCUUAAUUGAAAAUGGCCUGAAUGAAGUUAAUCGUUGUUUAGCUGCGGUGAAAGUGCUUCAAAGGUUAAACUAUCCGGCUGAGUGAUGGGUUAUGGGAUGGACAAGUUUUACUAGCUCGAUAUUUGUUAUGAUGACAUUAUUCAGUGACUAAUUGGGUGGAGGAUGGCUGCCACGUUCAAUUAAUUUAGUUAGGUUAGGUUCUAGAAACUUUGAAUAAAUGUGAAAUGUUUCUAGUUUGAAAGUUCCGACUUAGUAACGAAUUAAGUAUAAUAAU